AGCCCACACCUUUUCCCACUUCUUGGCCGCCUACUAAGCGGAAGCAGACAAAAAACCAAUCAAACAAAUGCCAAAAUAAAAUGUUAUGAAUCUGUAGAGGCUGAGGUGGUUCUUUGAUGGCAUCUUCUAAGUAUCAGCUGAAGUGAAUGACAUCAGGGUUGAUGAAGUCCUUUUUCCAAAGCUUAGAGUCUGAACUCUGGUGUCAUUAAAAGGCAAACAACAGCUUGGAAGAAAAUAAUCUCCUGACCAUGGCUUCCUUGACGACCUUAAUUGGGGGAUUCGCUUUUGUUUGUGAAGGAAAACUUGAUUUUGGUUCUUUUUGCUUUCAAAGAACCAUCAUAGAUGUCAUAAAUCUGCUAUUCCUCUUUGUUUUCUAUCUACUUUUGCUUGGAGGUUCUGUCAAAAAACAUCAAAGCAGUGUAGUUAACAUAAGGGACUGGAUCUCCCUUGUUGUUUCUAUCUGUUGUGCUCUUGCUAGCAUUCUGUAUCUUGGUGUUGGUUUGUGGAAUCUAAUAGCAAAAAAUGAUGGAUUUAAUAACUUGAGCUGGUUGGUUGAGCUUGUUAGAGGAUUAAUUUGGAUUUCUUUGGCGGUUUCCUUGCUUGUUCAAAAAUCACAAUGGAUGAGAUUUCUCAUCAACGCUUGGUGGGUGUCAUUCUCUUUACUGGUUUCCGCUCUACAUAUUGAGGUUCUGUUUGGACCACACAGCAUUGAAAUUGUUGACAUCUUUCCAUGGCUUGUGAACAUCUUGCUGCUAUUUUGUGCUGUUAGAAACGUCAUACAAUUGAUUAGGAAACGUGAUGAAGAUGAGAGUUUAUCAGAAUCUCUAUUAGAGGAAAAGGAAGAAAAAAACCAAACAGAACUUUGUCAGGCCAGUUUUCUUAGCAAAUUGGCAUUUUCUUGGAUUAAUCCCCUGCUUUCUUUGGGUUAUGUGAGACCAUUAGCUCUUGAAGACAUCCCUUCAAUUCCUACAGAAGAUGAAUCCAAUUUGGCCUACCAAAAGUUUGCUAAUGCAUGGGAAUCCCUUGUGAGAGAGACGAGCUCAAGUGAUAGGAGAAACUUGGUUCUUAGGGCCAUAACAAAAGUCUACUUCAAGGAAAAUAUAAUAAUAGUAGUUUGUGCAUUGCUUAGGACUAUUUCUGUAGUAGCUCUUCCUUUAUUGCUCUAUGCUUUUGUGAAUUAUUCAAACCAGGAUGAGGAAAAUCUACAAGAAGGUCUUGUGUUAUUAGGAUACCUCAUUCUUUCCAAGGUUGUUGAGUCAUUGUCGCAGAGGCAUUGGUAUUUUGAUUCAAGGAGGUCAGGAAUGAGGAUGAGAUCAGCAUUAAUGGUGGCAGUCUAUCAGAAGCAACUGAAGCUUUCAAGUUUGGGAAGGAGAAGACAUUCAGCUGGGGAGAUUGUGAAUUACAUAGCAGUAGAUGCCUAUAGAAUGGGAGAAUGUCUAUGGUGGUUUCAUUCAACUUGGAGUCUUGUAUUGCAGCUUUUCAUGUCUAUUGGAGUACUUUUCUCAGUUGUUGGUCUCGGUGCUAUACCUGGUUUAGUCCCUCUCCUCACAUGUGGAUUCCUUAAUAUGCCAUUUGCAAAGUUACUGCAAAAAUGUCAAUCUGAAUUUAUGGUAGCCCAAGAUGAGAGACUAAGAACAACUUCUGAGAUCUUAAAUAGCAUGAAGAUCAUCAAGUUGCAAUCAUGGGAGGAGAAAUUUAAGAGCUUGAUUGAAUCCCAACGUGGUAAUGAGUUCAAAUGGCUUGCUAAACAGCAAUUGUUCAGGCCUUACGGCACUGUCUUGUAUUGGGUGUCUCCAACCAUUGUUUCUUCAGUUGUCUUCUUGGGAUGUGUUCUAUUUGGGAGCGCCCCAUUGAAUGCUGGAACAAUCUUUACAGUUCUUGCAACACUAAGAAGCAUGGCAGAGCCUGUUAGGAUGCUACCUGAGGCACUUUCAAUUCUUAUACAAGUCAAAGUUUCUUUUGAUAGAAUUAAUACCUUUCUGCUUGACGAUGAGCUUAACAAUGACGAAGUAAGGAAAAUUCCCCUGCAGAAUUCUGAUAGAAGUGUGAAAAUACAAGCAGGAAAUUUCAGUUGGGAUCCAGAAAUAACAAGUCCAACCCUUAGAAGUGUGGACUUGGAAAUAAAAAGGGGGCAGAAAAUAGCUGUUUGUGGACCAGUUGGUGCUGGAAAAUCCUCACUCUUGUAUGCAGUGCUAGGAGAAAUACCAAAACUUUCAGGAUCUGUCCACGUGUUUGAAUCCAUUGCCUAUGUUUCUCAAACUUCUUGGAUCCAGAGUGGGACAAUUCGUGACAACAUACUCUACGGAAAGCCAAUGGAUGCAGACAAAUAUGAGAAGGCCAUUAAAGCUUGUGCUUUGGAUAAAGAUAUCAAUAGUUUCGACCACGGUGAUCUUACGGAAAUAGGUCAGAGGGGGAUUAACAUGAGUGGAGGGCAGAAGCAGAGGAUUCAGCUUGCUAGAGCUGUCUAUAAUGAUGCUGAUAUCUAUCUUCUUGAUGACCCUUUCAGUGCUGUAGAUGCACAUACAGCUGCUGUUUUGUUCAAUGACUGUGUAAUGACUGCUCUAGAGAAGAAAACUGUCAUCCUAGUGACUCAUCAAGUGGAGUUUCUCCCAGAAGUUGAUAGAAUUCUGGUUAUGGAGGGUGGAAAAAUUACUCAAUCAGGAACCUAUGAAGAGCUAUUAAAGGCUGGGACAUCAUUUCAACGACUUGUGAAUGCUCAUAGAGAUGCCAUAACAGUAUUGGGUUCGUUGAACAGUGAAGGUCAAGGAGAAUCUCAAGGGCUUACUGUAGUUCGACCUGAGAUGUUUAAUGGAUCUUAUCCAAGUAAACAGAACAGUGAGGGGGAGAUCUCGGUGAAGGGUCCGCCUGGAGUACAAUUAACACAAGAUGAAGAAAAGGAGAUUGGUGAUGUUGGAUGGAAGCCAUUCCUGGAUUAUGUUUCUGUCUCAAAAGGAUCUCUUCAUCUAUCUUUAAGUAUAUUGACUCAGUCUACCUUUGUCAUUCUUCAGGCUGCUUCGACCUAUUGGUUGGCAUUUGCCAUUCAAAUUCCUAAUAUGAGUAGCAGCAUGUUGAUAGGAGUUUACACUGGGAUUGCAACACUUAGUGCUGUUUUUGUAUAUUUUAGAUCAUAUUAUGCUGCUCAUCUAGGAUUAAAAGCUUCUAAAGCCUUCUUCUCUGGUCUCACCAAUGCCAUUUUCAAAGCUCCAAUGCUUUUCUUUGAUUCUACUCCUGUUGGGAGGAUUCUAACCCGAGCUUCAUCAGAUAUGAGUAUUCUCGAUUUUGACAUACCAUUUGCCAUUAUCUUCAUGGCAGCUGGUGCUACUGAAGUCAUAGCAACAAUUGGAAUCAUGGCCUUUAUUACAUGGCAAGUUCUCAUUGUCGCCAUUCUUGCUAUGGUAGCAGUAAACUACAUUCAGGGGUAUUAUAUGUCCUCUGCAAGGGAACUAAUAAGAGUUAAUGGAACAACAAAAGCUCCUGUUAUGAAUUAUGCAGCUGAGACAUCACUUGGAGUGGUUACUAUAAGAGCUUUUAACAUGGUGGAUAGGUUCUUUAAAAAUUACCUAAAGCUUGUUGACACAGAUGCCACUCUUUUCUUUCUUUCUAAUGCAGCCAUGGAAUGGCUAGUUCUCAGGAUUGAGACACUUCAAAACCUGACUCUAUUCACUGCUGCAUUUUUCCUUCUUCUGCUUCCUAAAAGCCAAGUUACUCCAGGGCUUGUGGGACUCUCUCUUUCUUACGCUUUAUCUCUAACAGGAACACAAAUUUUUGCAUCUCGAUGGUAUUGCAACUUAUCAAAUUACAUAAUUUCAGUUGAACGGAUAAAACAGUUCAUGCACUUACCUGCAGAACCUCCAGCAAUUAUAGAAGACAACAGGCCACCAUCUUCUUGGCCCCCUAAGGGUAGGAUAGAAUUGCAAGAGCUGAAGAUAAGAUAUCGUCCGAAUGCUCCAUUAGUCCUCAAAGGAAUCUCUUGCACUUUCCGAGAAGGGACCAGAGUAGGAGUCGUUGGACGAACUGGAAGUGGCAAAACUACACUUAUAAGUGCCUUGUUUCGCCUCGUAGAGCCUGCAAGUGGGAAAAUUCUUAUAGAUGGACUUGAUAUAUGCUCUAUGGGCCUGAAAGAUCUGAGAAUGAAGCUUAGCAUAAUUCCUCAGGAGCCAACUCUAUUUAGGGGCAGCAUUCGAACAAACUUAGACCCCUUAGGCCUCUACUCAGAUGAUGAAAUAUGGAAGGCUUUGGAGAAGUGUCAACUGAAGACAACAAUCAAUGCCCUGCCAAACAAGUUAGAUUCAUCUGUGAGUGAUGAAGGUGAGAAUUGGAGUGUGGGGCAACGACAACUCUUUUGCCUCGGAAGAGUUCUUCUAAAGAGAAAUAGAAUUCUGGUCCUUGAUGAAGCUACUGCUUCAAUAGACUCUGCAACUGAUGCCAUUUUACAAAGAAUUAUCAGACAAGAGUUCUCAAAUUGCACAGUGAUAACUGUAGCUCAUAGAGUUCCAACUGUUAUAGAUAGUGACAUGGUCAUGGUCCUCUCCUAUGGUAAAUUGCUGGAGUAUGAUGAGCCCUCAAACCUUAUGGAGAUAAACUCUUCCUUUUCCAAGCUAGUAGCUGAAUAUUGGUCAAGUUGCAGGAGGAAUUCCUAUCAAAAUUUUAGCAGUUAUCAAUGAACUGAACAAAUAUUGGCAUGACAAUAAGAGGAAGCAUGUGUGUGCAACAGCACUAAGGCACUGAUAUAAUCUUGAAUAGAAAAUUUCUAAAUCUUCCAUGAGCUGUUAUCAUUAGGCUAUGGAAAGAUAGUGAAACCAUUAAUGAUAAUUUGUAGAAACCCAUGCUCUUUAUACCAAUUAUUUCAAUAUGUAUAAAGGAAGGCUAUAUUAUACAUAUUUCUGAUGCCUGCUGUUUCUUUUA